AUGGCGCCAAAGCGUCGGGUCAUCAUCGACACGGACCCAGGUAACGACGAUGUUAUUGCCCUACUGCUAGCUCUUGCUGCACCAGCUUCGGAGCUCGAGGUUGUCCUGAUAUCUUGCGUGGAAGGCAACGUCGACGUCCGUGCAUGUCUUCGCAAUGUCGUUGCUAUCUUCCACAUACUCGAUAGAGAGAUCAAAUGGCGAAAGUCUCAGGGCUUAUCUGCUGGGUUCGAAGGUGUCACUGCAUACAAGCCGCUAGUUGCGAUAGGUGCCAAUGAGCCACUGCAUGGCGGAACUGAUAACGCAGACUACUUUCACGGCGCAGACGGUGUGGGCGGAAGUACAGAAACACAUCCAGAGUUCAACCCACACGAAAGUUGGGAGUCGUUGUUCGAGAAGCCACCGCCAGAUGAUGAUCUAACAAAAAAGGCAAAAGACAUCGAUCAGGAUGUGGAGAAAGAGACGAAGGAGGAGCUGUUCAGCAACUUUACUCCAUCCCUUGAACCAGCACACAAGGAGAUCCUGAAAGUCCUGAGGGACAGCGAAGCCGACACGAUCAGUAUCAUUUCGAUCGGACCUCUUACCAACCUUGCCCUAGCAGCUGCCGAAGACCCUGAGACUUUCCUACGAUGCAAAGAAGUCAUCAGCAUGGGCGGCGCGAUCGAUGCUCUGGGAAAUGUAACGCCAAAUGCAGAAUUCAAUGUCUGGGCCGAUCCACACGCUGCUGCUCGUGUAUAUGCUCUCACUAGCCAAGUCCCAAGCAGUACCAUGCCACUCAUGUCGGAGAACUUUGCAGGCAAAGACCUCCCAGCUUACCCACCUAAACUCUCUAAGCAACUCAAACUCAUCCUCAUGUCUCUAGAUAUUACAGAACAGCACGUCGUCACCCGCUCACAAUUUGAGCGAAAGUCGCAAGACCUAGCGAAGCGAGGCAGCCCUCUAGCUCAAUGGAUGAACGCUUUCCUCACGCCUAUGCUGAACAAGAUGGCAGCCUUACACCAUGGUCAUGACGACGACCCAAGCCUUGCCUUGCACGACCCAUUGUGUGUCUGGUACCUUCUUACCGAGGACGAUCCGAAAUGGACGACCAGCGAGAAGAGCCCGGAAGACAUCAGAGUCGAGACACAGGGACAAUGGACCAGGGGUAUGACCGUGGCCGACAAGAGACCAAGAAGAAGGAGGAACAGUGACGGUGAAGCACCACAUGAUCGAGGAAAUUGGCUAGGAAGGAUCAGCGGGAACAGAGUGGAGAAGAUGAUGGGUAGUCCUGGAGAGGAUAUUGCUGGUGCAUGGAUCUUGGAUCGGAUCCUGGGUUAUGUUUCUUGA